AUGGAGGCUUUGGUGAAUCCAGUGCUAGCCAACAUAACCAGAGCAUCUGGCGGAAGCGGCAGUAUCAGCGUGACAUUCGCUGCAUCAAACUCCGGAAACUACUCUUCGUUCUACAGCGUCAUCUCUGGCAGCGAGGCGGCGGGGGGUGGGAGCCUCGUGUCUAGCCGCCUGCUCGGACUGGCUGAACUUGUUGAUACGCCUCCGCAGAAACAAAAGGAGUACUUGAAGAUGGCGAUGCAUGCGCAAAAUACCACCGCUGGGACAUAUGCGACAAUCGGGCUUCAGGGUGGACCAGGCGUGCGCAACACACGCGAGGAGGACUGGGGCGCGAUACUUCCCGCCUGGCGCUCGGCGUAUCUCCAUUUCAUCUCCAACGGUGCAAUUGUCGACUCGAAAGCAGCAGGCUCGCCUAAACUAGCACUGCAGAGGGCUGCUCGAUGGACCGAUGCCAAGGAGGAGAUGUGGAGGGAGUGGUCGCCGAACUCUGGAGCCUACAUGAACGAAGCGAAUCCAUACACCGCCAGUUUCAAGCAGGAUUUCUACGGAUCGAACUACGAUCGCCUUGUGGAAAUCAAGGCCAAGUAUGAUCCGAGCUAUAGUCUUUUUGUUCUGUCUGGCGUUGGAAGCGAUGAGUGGGAAUAUGACCUUGAUACCGGGCGUCUCUGCAAGAGUAACUAG